UUUUUGACGAUGUAUGAUUCAAAAUUAAAAGAUCUGAGCGUUCAGUUAGAGAGGGUCAUCAAUCGUUUAGAGCAUAGCCGAGAGGAUUUCAUCAAAAAGUUAAAGAGUCAAACUCGUGAUAAAGACAUUCAGAAAGAUCCCGAAGAGCCGAAAGAAUUUCUUGGUCGUGCAUCAAAAGAAAUUACUCCAUUGAACCAUUUUAGAAAGCUUAAUGAUUACUCGAUACCAUCAUCUCAUGAGAAAUUAUGGAAUAAGUAUGCGAAACCCCUUUUCGCUUCCUACAACAAGCUUUCUAUCCUGAUAUCUGACGCAACUAACCCGCCAUACAAGCUCGCUUAUGAUUCCGCGGUAUCAAGUUUGCAAAAAAAAUCGGAAUUAAAAAUAGAUGAACUUAUCGGAAAUAUCGAAUUAUUGGAUAUAUCCAUGGAUAAUUCUCCUGUCACCCAGGAUCGUCGACUUCAAGAGAGUUUAGAAGAAGUAGGAAUCGUGACCCCUAAGAUUGACAGACGGAUUUACCUUGACGCAUUCCUUGAAAUUGUCAAUAUUCAAAAAGUACUAUUCCAUGAGGUUUCCCGUGUGAUUCCCGAAUUAAGAUCAACAAUGUUUGCUAAUUUCCUAAGGCCGACAGAACCGCAAGAGACUUAUCACGAGAAUUGGUUAAAAUUCUCGGAUUUCUUAAUAAAAUCUAUCAAAAAACAUCUAAAAUGGAUCAUCAAGGUUGCAAAAGAAACCAACUACAAACGUCAUUCGGUUCUAGCAUCAUUGGAAUUGGCCGAGUUUAGAUGCACAAUCUGGAGAUUUAGACUGAAGAACCAGGUUCUUUCUAAAUUGAGCAAUUUAGAGAUUAAAAAACUUGUAAAUGGCAAAUGUGAUAGGAUUGGAAAUCUUUGCUCACGUAUUCAAGAUUCACUUCGAGAAAUGGAUUUAGAACAUUUUGAGAGACAAUGUAAUGAAAGAGUCGAUAAAAUUCACCAAGACGUCCUGGAACUUC